AUGGCAUCAAACCAACCUGCCGAGGAGUCGAUUGCUAAACGACGAAGUGGCACCCACCAAGGAGUGACCGACACGGCGCACGCAGCGUCGGUCGCAGGCCUCACACUUCGCACGGAAGUCCCCGAGCUUCCCAAAGGGGAUGUGACAAAGGCCAAGAGGUGCCUCAAAAAGCACAUGAGACCUGCCGCUGCUGCCGCCACCACCCCUGCUGCCACCGCUUCCUCUUCCGGUAUUGACAACUGCCCGACCAAAGGCCAAUCCGAGACCAAGAAUGAUAGGGACCAGGCCCCUAGCUUCCAACAGCCUUCGCUAUUCGUCUAA